AUAAAAUUAUGCAAUGAGACAAAGUGCAUUAUCGAAAAAAAAGAGUGCAUUAAAUUUAAAAUCGAAAGAAAAACCAGCCGGAACCGAAAGGCAUUGACUAUUGGGUCAAGUCAUGGCUGAAGGACUCGAAAGGAAUUGAGGCUACAAAGACAGCCCAGAAACCAUUUGAUGGAACAAUUUGUAUUCCAGAAAAGGAAGAGGGGGAAAAAUGCAGAUCUGGCGGUGGCUAUGUUUAAAACACAGUUUCCCCGUUUGUUUUGCUGCCGUCUCCUUUUUUCUUUUGCUUGUUUCUUCUUCUAAAUCUCCUCUCGGUAUCCACCCAUUAGAUGCCAAGUAUUUUGCUGCGGAGGUUAUCAAGUGUAAGGAUGGGUUCAAAUCAUUUACCAGAGACCGUCUUAACGAUAACUUCUGUGACUGCCUUGACGGCACCGAUGAGCCUGGGACUUCAGCUUGCCCAGCAGGCAAAUUUUAUUGUAGGAAUGUAGGAAGUAUACCUCAGUUCAUUUUUUCUUCUCGAGUUAAUGAUCAUUUUUGUGAUUGUUGUGAUGGAAGUGAUGAGUAUGAUGGUAGCAUCCUGUGUCCCAACACAUGUAUCAUGGGUGGUAAUGUCGAGUACAAAACUGAAGAUUAUGUUUCUACAACUAGUCAUCUGCACUCUACUAAAUUGAAGGAAAUGAAAAUUGGAAUUAAAUUAGAAGACUUGAUUCAGACUCUUGCAGGGUUGAAGAUGAUAACAGUAGCAGAGGUGGCUCUUGGUUGUGUUCUGGUGGUUAAAUGGAUAUUUCAUAAGCGUGUCAAGUCUAAGAAAAGACAUCAUAGAUGAAGGAAUCUACCGUUAGCUUGGUAAUAAUACUCUAGAAUAUCCUUGUCCUCUAAUUUUCACUUUUUACAUUUUAAUAUAUAGGGGAAGGAUCCACUUAUUUCAUAAUAAAACUCAAGUGAUUUUAUACCAUUUUAUAAUUUUUAUACUAUUAAUAUUUUAAUGAUCCAAUCGUUAUAUUUCAUAUUUCAUUCAUGUAGAUCAUAUAUCUAAUUGGAGUAAAUUAAAAUAUUUAAUUAUUUAUUUUAUGUAUAAAAAGUUUAAUCAUUAAAUAUAUAUUAAUAUAGACACUAUUUUAGAUUAAUAUGAUAAAGAUACCGAUCGAUUAAAAAAUUACAUGCAUGAUUAGUUUAAAUAUAUUGAUAACUUCAACGGUUGGAUUGUUAAAAUAUUAAUUAUGGAAAAAUUAUAAAAAUAUGUUAAAUUAUUUUAAUUUUAUACCGGUAGAUGUGAAUCUUUAUAUAUAGGAAAUGUACUUGAUUAUGGUUGAGGAAGGAUUAGAGACGCUGUCUCUUUUUGUUUCUAACAUAACUAUUGUAAUUCACCCAACGUAAAGGAUUGAGAUUACAUGUUUGAAGUUGCUGCGGUAAUUGCCUACAACUUGCCAGCUGCGAUUGUAAUCACAUUUCGAAUCGACCGUUUAUCUAUUUCUAAGUUAAAUCGUAUGUUAUCUUUGUAAUUUUCUUGUAGAAAUGUGACUUUUUGUUUAUUUCCUCUCCUGGAAUACGUUCGACAAUCAACAUUGUAUUAAGUAAAGCUGCCAGAAAAGUUAGUGGAGAAAA